ACAGUCUGUUGGCGCGUACAAUGCGGAACGGAUAAAAAAUUACUUCUAUAAUAUAUCAAAGACGUGCUUUAAAGAUUUACUUUAAAAAUGGAUACUAGCGACCCAGAUGAGAACUUCGAUUUGGAGCAACUUGAACAAUCUCAAGAUUCGGAAGAAAGUCUUUCUGAUAACUCUGGGAGUAUACAAUCAGUUGUACAUGUAGGAUCUUUCGAAAGUCCUCGUGUAUCACCUUGUUGUAGUAAUGGAAGCGACGUUGAGCGUCACAUUUAUGCUGAAGCGCGACAUCCUGAAGAUUCUUCCUCAGAUGAAUCGGAAGGGAAGAGACGCAACAGCGAUUCAUCAUCUAGUUCGGAGAAUACUCAAAUUUGGAUUUCUCAACAAAAGCAACUUCGAUCUCACAACCAGUUAAUGCAAAAAUUUCAAAGGCAUGCGUCUAAUAACUUAUCUACUAGCUCUGUUAUGAGGAACAGCAUGAUAUCAUGCAAUUCUAGCACAGGAAGAAUAGAAGUAACGCUGCACGAAGAACAUGGAAAUGGCGUCGAUUCCGGGAUUAGCGGUGAAAGCCACGGUGAUGGCGGGUCUUCUGGGCAAGGUGAUCCCAGCCUCCUUCCAAAUACCCAGAUGCCACCUCCCAGUCCUCCCAUGAUGUCCAUACUAAAGAAUAACGAAGCUCAAAGUCAGUGUACUCAGAGUUGUGCAGUAAUGGAGGCUCAUUUACGAAACAGCUUACUCAACGUUACCAGUGGUAGUUACGCCCUUUUCAUUAUUGUGCUUGGAUUGGUUCUAUCUCUAGCAGAAACGUCGGAUUGGAAUUCCCCAGGAAAUUACGAGGGAUUCUACAUUUUCCUUUAUGUCGUCGCCAUCGUAUUUCUUGGAUACGCAUUUGGCAUCUUGCUGAGAGCUCGAGCCGAGAGGAAAAGACGCCGGAAGUGGGCACACGAUGAUGAGGCGACGCUCGAUUCGGCAUUACUCACCAAAGUAAAAAAUGCGACUGUUGGUGGUGUUAUCGUUCGAACGGGUAGCUUUUAUUUACGGCUUGGUGCCGUUGGAUUUGGUAUUGGUGCUAUGAUCCACGAAGGCCUUAAAUUUGGUGAAAUGUUUCAAGUUGACGUUUUCUCUCCUUGUUUCAGUUCUGCUCAAGCCGUUAGUCCGAUAAUUCAUCUAAUAUUCAUUUUUGCACAACUCUACUUCAUAUUCUUAAAUUCAAAGAUGUAUUUACAUAAUUAUACCACAUUAGCAAGAUUCGGUUUGAUGCACAUGAUCGCGACAAACGUUUGCAUUUGGAUUCGUACGGUAUCCAACCAAGUUUUAAGGGAUUUCGACAAAUUUCACGCUCAUCUAAGAGAACAGUCCACAACCGAUUCGACAAUUUUAUUUUCGCCGACCAGCCAAAACUCAACUCGCUUCGCUGCUCAUUCACUAGAAAAUGACACUAAUCGUUCUACAACGGUAAAUUGCACGCGUCAUGACAUAAUCAGUCACGUCGUAGCCCGAGCAAGCCCAUUUCUCUAUCCCUGCACAGUUCAAUAUUGCUUUAUUGCCGGGGCAAUUCUGAUUGUACUGUGGAAGAAUAUCGGUAAACGCCUGGAAGUUACGAGACCGUCAACGCCAUCUACUAGCUCCAGUCGUCGAAUAGGAGUAGAUUGUGGCGGAGCAACUCGAGGCCUAUUUUUAGGGGUUUUAAUUCUUGUUCUUACUAUUAUAUCAACAAUCGUUCACGUCGUAAUGUCGGCCAAAUCAGAAUUUCAAAAUAUCGGAGAUUGCUUAUCCUACGGAACGGAAGUAGUACUACAAAUUUUUUGCAGCUUAGCUAUAUGCUUUGCCUGGUUUAGAAUGAGGGAUAUGAAGUUUGAUCACAGAUUGGACAAUAGUUUGGAUGAAGGUCUUCUUCUUGUUUCCCUAUCUUUUGUAUAUAUAUUGUCAGUUUUUGGUAUUGUUACCGGACAAGCGAGGUCAUCUAGUCUCCUAGUGGCCUCCUCAACUCUCUCAGCCAUAGAAUCUUCCCUACAGACGGCUUUCAUCUUUCAUGCUCUGAGGCGGUCGUCCUUAAAACCUUAUCACGAAACGAAAAAACCUGGAAGACAAUACGUGACUUUUCUACUUAUUGCAAACGUUGCUGCUUGCGUACUGUGCGGCGUUCAAGGCAUAAGGACGUCGAUAGAGAACACAGCGUUCGACCUAUUACCGUCUAUUAUCGUUAGAAGGUGCUCCUUACCCUUCGUUAUCUUUUAUCGAUUACAUUCCGCUAUUUGUUUGGCGAAUGUUUGGAAAAAUGCUUACAAACUAAAAAGAGACUGAUCUCUUAGAGCAGUAUUGAUAUAUAUUUUCUAGUCAUUGCUGUAUUAUAAAUGUACCAUAAUUACUAUUUUCUAAUUCUCCCGUUUAACACAUGUUCUUAAAAUAAUCUUUAAGGAAAACAAAUGGAAAAAAAAAAGCAAAUACAGUA